AACGACUGUUUUCACUCGUGCCCAUCCCCGCUCUGUUUGUCCUUCCAGAGGAGGCGUGGCCGGGGUCCUGCCGGCUCCGCUCCAAGCGCUACGUCUCGGACGGGCUGUGCGUCUCCACGCGCCCCGUCAACGAGGUGGUGUGCGCCGUCAGCUGCGUCAUGAACGCCUGGUCCAAGCAGUCGGGCACCCGGCCGCUGCCCUGGCGCUGCACGGACAGCGGCUGGAAGCGGCAGCGGGUCAAGCUGCUGUGUCCGGACGGCUCGACGCGCUCCUACCGCAUCCGCGUCGUGCAGACCUGCCGCUGCGUGCCGCGCGCCCGCGCCACCGCCACCACCCUGGCCAACCAGCUGGAGCAGUGACGACCCGCAGGGUGGCCUUCGCGGCCGCGACCACGCAGCUCCGCGACCAUGAGCAGCGCCGGGAGGGUGUCCUCGCGGUGAGGGCAGAUCCAAGGACGGCGGCGUCCUGGCGUCCUUGCAACUGCGGGCGACCGACACCACACCACAAGGACCAGCACCGGCAGCGCGUCCCUGCCAUCUUGGCGCCCCCGUCCCCCCGUCAUCCCCCGUCCCCUCCCCCCAGGUUGUUCCCUCCUAUUCUUACACCGGGGCCCGCGCGGUCCGCUCCGAUCGGGCUCAUCGGGGCCCACUGGACCGCGACGGGCCGCGCCGAGACUGACUUUUGUAAGACUGCGCCCGGCCCGACCCGCGACCAGCUCCUCUUACCGCCACGGGGGCCCGCCGGCCGGCCGGCCCGGCUGUGGCUGCGAGCUCGGUCAAGGGCUCCGCGAAGAAGGCGGGGGCGGAAUUAGUAGCCGGUCAACCAUACCCCGCCCCGCGUUAAGUACCGUACCGACACCGACUCACUGCGGCUUCCUCUUUUUGUGACGUUUCGGUGGAUGCUCUGCGGCGGGUGCCAGGUCCCAUCCCGUGCCAUCCUCGACAUCAGCCUCCUGCCGAGCGACUCAGGUCCCUACCUUCGUUGUGCACGCGCCCGAACGGGAGGAUCACCGACAGUUAGAGUGUACCAUAUUUUUUCCAUUUUUCUAAAAUUUCAAUGCUAGCUUUUGUAUGUGAAGAAAAAUAUGGGAAAAUU